AGCUCAUACUCGUUUCUUGUUUGAACUUUCUUCGUGAUGUUUUCAAAUUAGGGUUUAUAAAUUAUAAUAAUCAAUCAGAUCUGUAACAACUGUUAGUUGAAUUAGGUUUUCUUCAAGUUGAAUUUGAAUUUCAACUUGAAAGAAAGAUGGCGAAAGUGUUCGAUAACUGGAAUCGGCUGGUGCGAGCUACUCUCCGGCGAGAACAGCUCCGAGUUGCCGGACAAAGUACCGCCGAGAGGAAAUCCGGUGGACUCGUUAGUGCAGUUCCUGAUUCGCUUCAGCGGACUACUAAUAUCAAUGCGAUCUUGCAAGCCGCUGAUGAGAUUCAAGCUGAAGAUGCGCAUGUUGCUAGGAUAUUGUGUGAGCAGGCAUAUUCCAUGGCUCAGAAUUUGGACCCAAAUAGUGAAGGAAGAGGAGUUCUUCAGUUUAAGACCGGUUUAAUGUCAGUGAUCAAGCAAAAACUAGCCAAAAGGGAUGGGGCGCCGAUAGAUCGUGAGCGUGAUGCUCAGUACUUAUGGGAUUUUUAUCAGCGUUACAAGCGAAGACACAGAGUUGAUGAAAUACAGAGAGAGGAACAAAAGUUGCUUGAAUCUGGAACUUUUAGUGCUGACAUGGACGGCUUGGGACUGAGAUCUCGAGAAACUAAAAAGGUAUUUGCCACACUGAGAGCUCUUGUUGAGGUAAUGGAAGUCCUUAGUAAAGAUGCCGAGCCUGAUGGAGUUGGAAGACGUAUUGCAGAAGAGUUAAAAAGGUUAAAGAAAACAGAUCAAGGAUUGUCAGGGGAUCUCACGCCUUACAACAUUGUUCCUCUUGACGCGCCAUCUUUGACUAAUGCUAUUGGGUUCUAUCCAGAAGUUAGGGCUGCGAUAUCGGCACUUAGGUAUCAUGAACAAUAUCCACGGCUUCCAGCUGAUUUUGAGGUUCCUGCACAGCGUACCCUAGACAUGUUUGAUCUUUUGGAAUUUGUGUUCGGGUUUCAGAAGGACAACAUCAGGAAUCAACGUGAGAAUGUUGUUCUUGCUGUAGCAAAUGCACAAUCACGGCUUGGUAUACCUGUCGAAUCUGAUCCAAAAAUAGACGAGAGAGCAAUUACGGAAGUUUUCCUGAAGGUUCUGGAUAAUUACAUCAAAUGGUGCAAAUAUCUACGUAUACGUCUUGUUUGGAAUAGUUUACAAGCCAUUAACAAAGACAGAAAGCUUUUCUUAGUUUCACUCUACUUCCUAAUCUGGGGUGAAGCUGCAAACGUGCGUUUUCUUCCAGAAUGUAUUUGCUAUAUAUUCCACCAUAUGGCCCGGGAAUUAGAUGCAUGUUUAGAUCAUGGAGAAGCUCACCCUGCUGGCAGUUGUGUUGGUGAAAACAAUACCGUGUCAUUUUUGACACAAGUUAUUCAACCAAUUUACGAUACAUUGUCUAAGGAAGCUGCAAGAAACAAUAACGGGAAAGCUGCUCACUCAGCAUGGCGGAAUUAUGAUGAUUUCAAUGAAUAUUUCUGGUCACCUGCCUGCUUUGAGUUAAGCUGGCCUAUGAGAGAGACAUCACCAUUUCUUCGAAAGCCCAGCGGGAGAAAAAGGACUGGAAAAAGCACUUUCGUUGAGCAUCGAACAUUUCUUCACUUGUAUCGUAGUUUUCAUCGUAUGUGGAUCUUUUUAAUAGUCAUGUUCCAGGGAUUGACAAUUAUAGCCUUCAAUGAUGGGAAAUUAAAUCAAAACACUUUUAAAACUUUGCUUAGCAUUGGUCCAACUUAUGCUAUCUUAAAGUUUAUAGAAUGUUGUUUGGAUGUACUGUUGAUGUUUGGGGCAUACAGCACAGCAAGAGGAAUGGCAAUAUCAAGGCUGGUUAUUAGGUUCUUCUGGGGUGGAUUGAGCUCAGUGUUUAUAACAUAUGUAUAUAUAAAACUCAUGGACGAAAGACACGACAAUUCUUCAAAUUCAUUGUAUUAUAGAAUAUAUCUACUUGUGGUGGGUAUAUAUGCUGCAAUCCGUGUAGUCUUUGCAAUACUGAUAAAAUUCCCAGCCUGCCAUUCUCUAUCUGAAAAGUCGGAUCAUCCAUUUUUCCAAUUUUUCAAGUGGAUUUAUGAGGAGCGGUAUUUUGUUGGCCGUGGUCUAUAUGAGAAACCCAUGGAUUACAUUAGAUAUGUGCUCUACUGGCUCGUGAUCUUUGCGUGCAAGUUUACCUUUGCGUACUUUCUUCAGAUAAAACCAUUAGUUGAACCCACCAACAUUAUUAAACGCCUUCCACGUCUGGCAUAUUCCUGGCACGAUUUAGUCUCAAAGAAUAAUAAUAAUGUUCUAACCUUGGUUAGCAUAUGGGCUCCUAUAGUGGCUAUAUAUCUUAUGGAUAUUCAUAUCUUUUACACUCUCCUAUCAGCAAUUAUCGGUGGUGUAAUGGGUGCACGUGCCCGAUUAGGCGAGAUUCGGUCAAUUGAGAUGGUACAUAAAAGGUUCGAGAGCUUCCCAAAGGCCUUUGUCGACCAACUUGUGUCUAAGCAAGCAAAGAAUUUGAUGUCAAUGAGUGGACAACCUGUUCAGAGCCAUGAAGAAAAAACGGACAAGAUGUAUGCAGCCCAGUUUUCCCCAUUUUGGAAUGAAAUAAUCAAAAGCCUGCGUGAAGAAGAUUACAUCAGUAAUAGGGAAAUGGACUUGCUUUCUAUGCCAAGCAAUACUGGAAGUCUUAGAUUAGUUCAGUGGCCUUUGUUUCUUUUAAGCAGCAAGAUAUAUUAUGCCAUUGACUUAGCUAUAGACUGCAAGGAUACUCAACAUGAUCUUUGGAGUAGAAUUAUCAGAGAUGAAUAUAUGGCAUAUGCUGUCCAGGAAUGCUAUUAUAGUAUUGAGAAAAUUCUACUGUCUUUAGUUGACGGUGAAGGAAAACUCUGGGUUGAGAGGAUUUUUCGUGAGAUCAACAAUAGUAUAGAGGAGAAUUCGCUUGUCAUGACUUUAAAUCUUAAGAAGCUUCCUUUGGUGCUGUCAAGAUUUACUGCAUUGACUGGUCUUCUGAUCAUGGAUGAAACUCCUCAACUUGCAAAAGGAGCUGCGAAAGCUGUGUAUGAGUUAUAUGAUGUAGUAACUCACAGUCUCCUGUCAUCUGAGUUAGGUGAGCAAAUUGACACGUGGCAGAUCUUGGCAAGGGCGAGAAAUGAAGGGCGGCUGUUUUCAAGAAUUGGAUGGCCAAGAGAUCCCGACAUCAAGGAGCAGGUGAAGCGAUUGAACCUACUUUUAAAAGUGAAGGAUUCUGCUAAUAAUAUCCCCAAAAACCUUGAAGCAAGAAGAAGAUUAGAGUUCUUCACAAACUCUCUCUUUAUGCACAUGCCUGCUGCAAAGCCAGUUAGUGAAAUGAUGCCGUUUUGUGUUUUCACCCCAUACUACAGUGAGACUGUACUCUACAGUUCCCACGACUUAUGGCAAGAAAAUGAGGAUGGAAUUUCUACAAUCUUUUAUCUCCAGAAGAUCUUUCCAGACGAAUGGGAAAAUUUUCUGGAGCGAAUUGGGCGUGUUAAUACGGGAGAUAUGGAACUCCAAGAUAGCUCUACCGAUGCAUUAGAACUUCGGUUUUGGGUAUCCUAUCGGGGACAAACCUUAGCUAGAACUGUUCGUGGCAUGAUGUAUUACAGAAGGGCUUUAAUGCUUCAAAGUUACUUAGAAAACAGAUCACUAGGAGUUGGAAAUCCUCAAGCAUCACUUUCACCUCAAGGAUUUGAACAAUCGCGUGAAGCUAGAGCUCAGGCAGAUAUAAAAUUCACAUAUGUUGUUUCAUGCCAAAUAUACGGACAGCAAAAGCAAAGGAAAGAGAAAGAGGCUGCGGAUAUUGCUCUUUUGCUGCAAAGGAAUGAGGCACUUAGAGUUGCUUUCAUACAUGUGGAAGAAAGUCCUGGGCCUGAAGGCAAACUUGUAAAAUCGUUUUAUUCGAAGCUUGUGAAAGCUGAUAUACAGGGAAAAGACCAGGAAGUAUAUUCCAUUAAACUCCCUGGAGAUCCGAAACUUGGGGAGGGUAAGCCCGAGAACCAAAAUCAUGCUAUAGUUUUUACUCGUGGAGAAGCAGUCCAAACCAUAGAUAUGAAUCAGGAUAAUUAUCUUGAAGAAGCAAUGAAAAUGAGAAACCUACUUGAAGAAUUUCGAGGAAAUCACGGCUUACGCCCUCCAACUAUUCUUGGUGUUAGAGAGCAUGUAUUUACCGGAAGUGUUUCUUCUCUGGCCUGGUUUAUGUCUAACCAAGAGACAAGUUUUGUAACAUUGGGACAACGUGUUUUGGCUUAUCCUCUCAAAGUGCGAAUGCAUUAUGGACAUCCUGAUGUCUUUGACCGAAUAUUUCAUAUUUCUCGAGGUGGAAUAAGUAAGGCAUCACGUGUUAUUAAUAUCAGCGAAGAUAUAUAUGCAGGGUUCAAUUCCACUUUGAGACAGGGUAACAUCACACACCAUGAAUACAUUCAGGUGGGGAAAGGAAGAGAUGUGGGUUUAAAUCAAAUUGCCCUGUUUGAAGGUAAAGUUGCUGGUGGGAAUGGGGAGCAGGUUUUAAGCAGAGAUGUGUAUAGAAUUGGUCAACUCUUUGACUUUUUUAGAAUGCUCUCCUUCUACUUUACCACAGUUGGUUACUAUGUAUGCACAAUGAUGACAGUUCUUACGAUCUAUGUUUUCUUGUAUGGGAGGGCAUACCUGGCAUUCUCGGGACUUGAUCAAGGAAUUAGCCGUAGAUCCAUGUUGCUUGGUAAUACUGCGUUUAAUGCGGUUUUAAAUGCUCAAUUCUUAGUCCAGAUUGGAGUAUUUACUGCUGUUCCAAUGAUUAUGGGUUUUAUACUUGAACUUGGAUUACUCAAGGCCGUUUUCAGCUUUAUUACAAUGCAGCUUCAGCUGUGCUCUGUAUUCUUCACAUUUUCAUUAGGAACGAGAACUCAUUAUUUUGGACGGACAAUCUUACAUGGUGGUGCUAAGUACCGAGCAACUGGUAGAGGAUUUGUUGUGCAACAUAUCAAAUUUGCUGAUAACUACAGGCUCUAUUCAAGAAGUCAUUUUGUCAAGGCGCUGGAAGUUGCAUUGCUUCUUAUUGUUUAUAUUGCUUAUGGGUACUCUCAAGGAGGUGCUGUUUCAUACGUUUUGCUGACACUUAGCAGUUGGUUUCUGGUGAUUUCAUGGUUGUUUGCUCCUUAUAUCUUCAACCCAUCUGGUUUUGAAUGGCAGAAGACUGUUGAAGAUUUCGAUGACUGGAUAAACUGGCUUCUGUAUAAAGGCGGAGUUGGGGUCAAAGGAGACAAUAGCUGGGAAUCAUGGUGGGAUGAAGAACAGGCGCAUAUCCAAACGAUCAGAGGCCGGAUACUUGAAACUAUCUUGAGUCUGAGGUUUUUCUUGUUUCAGUAUGGAAUAGUUUACAAACUUGAUCUCACAGGAAAGAGUACAUCUGCUUCGAUGUAUGGUCUCUCCUGGGUGGUGUUGGCUGGAUUUGUCAUAAUAUUCAAGAUUUUCACUUUUAACUCAAAGAAAUCUGGCUUCCAGUUAUUUUUGAGAUUUAUUCAAGGAGUUAUAGCUCUGUGCCUUAUUGCUGCGGUUGUCCUCUUCGUCAUACUCACAGAUUUAUCAGUCCCCGACUUAUUUGCCAGCUUCCUUGCUUUUGUUGCUACUGGUUGGGCCAUAAUAAGCUUGGCGGUGCCAUGGAAAGGAAUUGUGAGGAGUUUAGGACUAUGGGAGUCAGUGAGGGAAUUUGCAAGAAUGUAUGAUGCGGGCAUGGGCAUUUUAAUUUUUGCACCAAUUGCUAUGUUAUCAUGGUUCCCAUUUGUCUCCACAUUCCAGUCCCGUCUUCUGUUUAAUCAAGCAUUUAGCCGUGGUCUCGAGAUCUCUAUUAUCCUUGCUGGCAACAAGGCUAAUGUUCAGGCGUAAUUUUAUCUGCACAUGGAUUGACGUUUAACCCUCUAUGUUUAGCUUUGUUGUAAACUUUGUAUUAUGUUUGCAUAUUUUAUGUAAAUGAGAAAACGAGUCGAUGUUUGAAGGGAUCUUUGUGAAUAUAUGCUGAGAUGUAAGAUUUUUUUUUUGGCUCGGUGUUCA